AUGGGCACUUCUCCAGUCUGUCCCAUAUGUCUCGAAGAAAUGAAUUCUGGAAUUGGACAGUUGACUCACUGUGGGCAUGAAUAUCACAUUGACUGUUUAAGGAAAUGGCACAACGCAUCUGGUAGUCUAAAUUGCCCAAUUUGCCGGGUAGAAUCCUACAUACUCAAGGAUAUGGAUCACAAUUUAACGAUAAAUUUGAAAAAGUCGUUUAAUCUACAUCUACUAAUCACGAGCGUCCUGUCAGAUUUACACUUCCUUGACGUCUCGUCCUUAGCCAGUUCAUCGGACCCAGGAUACGGGUAUACGGAAUGCGACAUCUGUGGUCGUGGUACGCGGAAUGGAUUUCAGAGAUUUAUAAGGCGUCAAACAGGAACAGAGGUCUCACGUGAAACAGCUGAUGGUUCCCGUCGCCUCUACUGCAGAGCCUGUUGGGACCGUGUAGACGACAAUGGAAGCCCAUGGGGACGCAGAAAUCGAGAAUACCAAGUUCAACAUUCUGAUCAGGAUUUUGCGGCGGUCGACGCAGGUAUAUCGAGGAAUGGUCGUGUUCUUGAGAAUUCUGCGAAUUCAAGAGUGCGAAAUGCAGCUGUCGUUAAAGAACCUAGCGAAAUUGAAGAGACCUGGAAACUGCUGGAUCGGUUGCAGCAUGAGCAAAGUCGGGCCAAAAUCUUGGAAGAAAAACAAAAAAUUCAGAUGCAUGUCCGAAAAACACUGGACAGAUAUUACAAAGAUUCCCGGUUCGAUAUCACACGAUCCCAAUAUACUGAUAUCAACAAGUCAGUCUCGCGACAGCUCUACGAGCUGUCGCUUUACGCUUACAAGCCCGGAUUCGUGGAUUAUGACCUAAGAGCAGAGACGCUGAUAUCCGAGGCACUACGUAAAGAAAGGAUCACAUAA